AUGAAGCGCAGGUCACCCCUGAUGAUCGACCUGGACUGGAGAAAACUCAGGAGCAAUGCUGCAAAGUCGCUGCUCGACAAGCGUGUCGCGGCCUUCAUCGAGCAAGAGACGAACGGGCCGGACCAACAGGGCGCGACCCAAGUCGAGGGGUUCAGGAGAGCCUUCUCGAGACUCGGGUGGACAGAACCACCCCCGGGCAUCCCGCUCGGUGAGGUGAAGGAGAUGAUCACCGAUAGACUGGGCCGCAGAGAAUUGACGGUGCAGAAGUACAUCGGUGGUGGUAUCUCCGGUUCCGUUUUUCGAGUGGAGCGGAGAGAGGCGGACGGAAACAUCGCGAAAGCGGUGGUGAAGAUAGUUCGCAUCCGGCACGACGGCGAAUGGACGACUUUCGUCAGGGAGGUCGACAAGCAACGGCAGUUUGCUGAAUUACUGGAUGACCACCUAGAAACCAAGACCCUGCGCGUCCCCACAGUGCACGAGAUGUGGAAGCUACCUGGAGGCAUGGAGGCUGCCGUAUUGAUGGAGUCCAUCGACGGGUCCCUCGGCUCAUUCGUGCGCAGAUAUCGCGACAACCCGAGCUUCCUCCUCGAGAUCGCGAGGCAGCUGAAACGCACGGUGGCAUCACUGCGCCGGAAGAAGGUGGUUCACGGCGACUUACAUUACGAGAACAUAGGCUACAAGUUACUACCGAACGGCAGACCCGAAAUCUACAUCAUAGACUUCGGGCGAAGCGUGGGGCCACUGACGGCGACUCGAUUCGAGAGGGUCGCAGACAUCGACCGCUGGUGCGUCUGGAGAGCAGCCUGCACGAGAGGCACGUCCGCCGCAGCAUUCAACAAGGCGCUGCAUGAGGUGAGCUUCCCCGGGAGCAGAGUGAUGGACGACUGUACAGGAUUUGGGAGCAAGCCGAUCUCUGAUGGUAUGGAUGCGAAGAUGGUGGAGCGCAUAGACGACCUCAGCUUCGGGCUAAAGACAUAUUGCCGACCGGUGUCUUUACAUGAUUUGGUCACUAUUUCGGUAGUGUUUCCAUUCCAAGGCCGGGAUGUCCAUAAGAUAAAUUGUAGGGUCCUAGGCCUGGAUAGCGCGGAAUCGACGUCCAAAAACCCGAUCGUGAAGGCUUGGGCCGUGAAGGCGCGCAACCGCAUGCUCUCGCUCAUCGCUCCCGGCGUCUUCGAGGUCGACGGUAGUUACUCGAAGAAGGACAUCGAGAGGUUGCUCGCGGAGAACGUCAGCAUGCUCUACAUACACGCUUACGAGUACGAGAAGUUCGGGCGUCUGCUGGUCGACCUAUUUCUCGACGACUCUGCGUCCGACAGGGGGCUAAAGACAUAUUGCCGACUGGUGUCUUUACAUGAUCUGGACACUAUUUCGGUAGUGUUUCCAUUCCAAGGCCGGGAUGUCCAUAAGAUCAAUUGUAGGGUCCUAGGCCUGGAUAGCGCGGAAUUGACGUCCAAAAACCCGAUCGUGAAGGCUUGGGCCGUGAAGGCGCGCAACCGCAUGCUCUCGCUCAUCGCUCCAGGCGUCUUCGAUUUCGACGGGAAUUACGCGAAGAAGGACAUCGAGAGAUUGCUCGCGGAGAACGUCAGCAUGCUCUACAUACACGCUUACGAGUACGAGAAGUUCGGGCGUCUGCUGGUCGACCUAUUUCUCGACGACUCUGCGUCCGACAGGGGCCUGGAUAGCGCGGAACUGACGUCCAAAAACCCGAUCGUGAAGGCUUGGGCCGUGAAGGCGCGUAACCGCAUGCUCUCGCUCAUCGCUCCAGGCGUCUUCGAGGUCGACGGUAGUUACGCAAAGAAGGACAUCGAGAGGUUGCUCGCGGAGAACGUCAGCAUGCUCUACAUACACGCCUACGAGUACGAGAAGUUCGGGCGUCUGCUGGUCGACCUAUUUCUCGACGAUCCUGCGUCCGACAGGGGGGUAUUUGAGAUAGAUGGAAACUAUACGAGGAAAGAUAUCAACAAGCUUUUCAGAGAGAAUGUGGCGUUGAUCUGGAUGGAUGCGAAGGGUUGGGAUAAGUACGGGAGGUGUCUUGGAGAUAUCUACCUCUCCCCUGACGAUACAAAGUCUCUGCAAACCAUCUGCAUCGAACAAGGCUAUGCAAAAGUCUACGAUGGGGGCACUAAGAAUCAGUGGGUGCCAGAAGACUGCGUCCUGAGAUCGUAA